AUGGCUCCCGAAAGGUCGCAUUCCGACGACCUCAGCUCAUAUUUUGACCGAAGCGCGACCGCAGUGCGGGAAUACGCUGAUGUAUUUGAGCACCAGUAUGCUAGGCCAGCGAUGAAGCUGGGGGGCGUGUACCACGACCAACACCCGAUACUUUCGGUCUUUUUGGUGAUACUAUUCUGCCUCAGCAUCGUGCCGGUUGUGACAUUCAUUGGCUUCUCUAUCUUUGCAGCUGUCUCGUUCAUCAUUAUCGCGCUCUCGGUUGCACUAGGUGCAUUCGUGUUGCUAGAACUUAUCUUUGUGUCUGUGCUUCUCUGCGUUCUGGGUGCUGUACUCUUCAUGUCGGCAUUCCUUACUGGAGCUACGAUAUCUACCUACCUCUUCUUCCGUUUGGCCGUCCUCGUUAGGAAUGAAGGACGUGCGGGGUUGAACGAAUGGAUCCUUGAAGCAAAGAGCCGGUAUUACGUUGCGGAGCCUGCCCAAGACCCGUUAGAAGACGACGACUACGCAUAUGACGACGACGAACCCCAAGACGUGCAAGGAGGACACAUUUCAUCGGCAGAAUCGACGAACGAGGCCCUCACCCCCAAGGACGAACUAAACCCAACACAGGAUCCCAUCAAGGAGGAAUAUUAA